GUUAAGUAUAUUUACAUUUAGUCGAGUUGCAGGUUGUGUGCCAAAACUCAUAGUUGCUUUUUAUUCGUAAGGAUGCGUUCGCUGAAGCCUACAUCCGUGUUACAAGUAUCUUACGCUUUAGUGCUGAUACAUUUUGUUGCGGCGAAGCUUCCCAGCGACAUCAAGCGUUGCGUUGCCGGAGAUGGAAAAUGUAUUAUAGAAAAUAUAAAUGUUAUUUUUAAUAAAAAAAAUCAAGGAGACGAAAGUUUCGGCUUAACCAAGCUGGAACCUUUCACCAUGGAUGACUUCUCAAUACGGCAGGAUCCUGCGAGCCCUGUAGCGAUUUAUUUAGCCUUGAAUAACCCCGUGGUAUAUGGGAGUAAAAACGUAAGAGCAACGAAAGUGAAAGGUUUUGGCAAAACACCAGAAGGUCGUCAUGAAAUACUUUUAGAGGCACCCUACAUCUCGAUGUUAUCCGAUUAUGUGAUUGAUGGUAAAGUGCUGAUUUUACCUAUAAAAGGCGAGGGCAGGAGUAAUUUUACAUUGGUGGAGCCUAAAAUGAAAAUCGUCAUAGAUGCAACUUCACGCACCAAAGAUGGUAAAAUUUUUAUGGACGUAAAAGAUGUACGAGUGGAGUGCAAGCCCAAACGUGUAGCACUACACUUUGAGAAUCUCUUUAAUGGCGACAAAGCUCUGGGUGAAAACAUAAAUAGCUUCCUGAAUGAGAACUGGAAUGGAAUUUUUAUCGAAAUGAAGGCACCGUUGUAUGAUGCGAUCAGCAAACAAAUAAAAGUGGGUACAGCGAAGGUUUUCAGCGCUACACCCUAUGAUGAAAUCUUUGAGAUAUAAUAAUAUGCCUACUAAGUUAUUGUUGUGCAUACUCGUAUACUUUAUUUGUUUAGCCUUGAAAAUGAUGAUGCUCAAGUGAUUGAUCUUGAAGUAGAGCAAUAAAGUUGUUACAAGCUAAGCAAUAUCACUGCGCUAUAGAGUAAAUAAAAAUAAAAUCAUUUUCAUGCAAA